GACAAAGAUGUCCUUAUGUUCUGAUGUUUAUAUCCCGUUUGUUAUAACUGUAUAUUUCCUCUGUUUUCUUAGUUGAGUGCUGCAAGUAACACACGUGCAGGUGAACGGCAGAGUUUGUCCUUGAUUUGCGGCCAAUGGGAAUGGAGUCCGAAGCUGCCCUGGAAAGGAAAUUGGCUUUCGCUCGACUUGGCCUCCGCCACCUGGAUCUUGCGUCCAGUCUCGACCUUUUACAGGGCACCGAGUGAGCUUUUUCAUAUACCGCAACCAUUUCUCCUACAUCCCAGGUGAACUUGUCACUCUGCUGCUCGGUUGGAAAUACGGAUUCUUGCUGCCAGCCAAGGCCACACCACGCUGCUCCUCCAAGCCCUGAACAGGAACGCACCUUGGUGGUCGAUUCUUGCGGCUUCUUAGGCCAUCUCUCUCCACGGUUUCUAGCGGGGCCCGGCACAUCCCAUGGCGUUCCGACGUGUCCUUAGUCGCGUUGCGUCGUCUGUCCGACAGACAUCCAAGCCCCGCGACGUUAUCAAGGCGGUCGAGGACGCCGCGCCGCACCGCCUCUCCUCCACGCUGCCGCAGCGCGUGCCGGAGCUGGUGGAUUUGCGCGACACGAUGGAGGAGGUGGUGCCGGAGCAGCGAGAGCGGCUGGCGGAGAUUAAAGCCAAGCACGGCGACAUGGUGCUGGGCGACGUCACUGUCAACAUGGCCCUGGGCGGAAUGCGCGGCAUCAAGGGCCUUCUUUGGGAGACGUCACAGCUCGACCCGCUCCAGGGCAUCAAGUUCCGCGGGCUUAGCAUCCUGAGUGCCAGGCGCAGCUGCCCUCCGCGCUCGACGGCGGCCAGCCGCUGCCCGAGGCGCUUCUGUGGCUGCUGCUCACGGGGGAGGUGCCCACGGAGGACCAGGCCGUGUCGCUCGCCGUGGAGCUGCAGGACAGAGCCGCGCUGCCAGACGCGGUGUGUCAGGUGCUGUGGUCCCUACCCCCGUCGCUGCACCCCAUGUCGCAGCUCUCCAUAGCCGUGCUCGCCCUCCAACGCACCUCCACCUUCGCCGCCGCCUACCACCGAGGCG